UCUAUAUUGGCAUACAAUUUCUCCUUGUCGCCGUUUGAAUGCCCUGCGUCCCUUCUCCGUAUACUAUCAUGUUUUCCCUGUUCUAAAUUUGGUUGCAACCUAACCGCUCCUUUCAUUCCUUUAAUACAACCUCCUAUAUUCCCACUGGAUCUAGGCACCAUAUGACUAAGCACACAUAAUAUGUGGUAGCAACCCAAUAUGCGAUGAGGGCUGCUGAACCUAUAUCGUAUGGUUAUACUUAAGGCGCAUCGCUCGUCAAAUUUAGCUACUUAGCUUUGACACAUAGGUAGUCGAAGAGGAUCUCUUAAUUUCCCUCCAAGGACAUACUCUGGACCUCCCCCGUAUACAUCGGCAAUCAUGUUAUCCAAAACCGAGAUACGGAUUCUAGACCUGCUGCCUUCUUUAGGUUCGAAUAAUAGCGAUGUCCCGAUACAGUGCCAAACCCGAGUUAUUCCUUUUCCCACCAAUAUAGGGUUUGAGACCAUAUCAUAUGUAUGGGGAACAGCACAGGACUUCGUAUAUAUCAGCGUCGAUGGAGUCGAUGUGCCCAUUACUACAAAUCUUGCAGCCGUAUUGAAACGAAUUCGGCUGUCGAGCGACAUUCGAACUAUUUGGGUGGAUCAGCUGUGUAUCAACCAACAAGACGAGCAAGAGAAGGCUAACCAAGUCUCUCUUAUGGGCCGCAUAUACUCUAUGACAAGCCAAUGCUUGAUUUGGUUGGGCGAGAUUGGGCAUGAUAUUUCACUCUCUGACGCUCAAUCAGGGCUAGACUUUAUUUAUUUUAUCAGCGAGGGCAAGCAAAAGCAAGAGGGAGCUUCGGAACUGAGCGUAGAGGCUCUACAUGGACCGAUGCAAGCGUUAGAUUCAAUUGGCUUGAAAAACAACCCAUGGUGGACUCGAAUGUGGACGCUGCAGGAAGCAAUUCUUCCUCCUAAAGCCUGUGUCUUGUGGGGUCAGUUAUCCAUACAAUGGGAAAUACUGGUUUCUGCAGCUUCAAGGUGGAUAUCUCUUCCCUAUGACCCUAUCAUAAACACCUAUGAUGACACUCUCUUCAAUAUUUUCACACAAGUAAUAGGCUUUGUUUUUGCCAAGGAAAAUCGCCAAGGACCUCUCGACACAGCGUUCCGCUGGAGUUUUCGCAAGGCAUCAAACCCCCUUGACAAGGUCUAUGGGCUUAUCGGGCUUUUCCCGGCCGGAACUCUCCCCCGGGUUCGAACAUGUGAUUAUGGACUAUCCCGAGCUACCCUCUAUGCAAUGUUCACCGCGGACCUCAUUGAAUACCAUCAAAGCUUGCAUCCCAUCGCGUUACGAUGUUUACGCAACCUUCCAGAGAGUACGCCAGAAAUACCGCGCUGGGCUUUAGACAUGGGCGUCAGUCACCCUCAGUUCGCGAUGACUUUAGAUGGGAAUGAUUACGCCUGGUAUUUAAUGAAUACUUAUGACUGCUAUAACGCCUGCGGUGCAACCACGAUUGAUUGGUCCCGAUUCCGGUAUGACCAAACAUUGAAUACCCUGGAGUUGACAGGCUGCAUGUUAGAUUCUAUAAUAGUGGCUGGGCCAAGGCCAUGCAGCGAUGAGCCCGGCACUUGCAAUGUUUCGCGUGCCGGCGUGGCUCGGAUUAUUCAGGACUGGUAUCAAAUUGCCGAAGAAUUUUAUCAAAGUCAACUACGAAAUGAGUUAAUCGACGACAAAAAUUUAUGGCCAGAGUCUUUCUGGAAAGGCUUACUUGGUAAUAUCAAACUAGAUCCAGAAUUAUUCCCCGAAGGUCCAGCCACAUCGGAAGAUAUAGCGUUAGCAAAAGAAUUUGUUCAAACGGGUAGCAGAAACGAUACAUACUAUAGCAUAUUUGCAAACCUUGCCCACAGGCAAAUGGUUAUCACUAAGAUGGGCUUGCUGGGCUUUGGUCCUCAUCAUGCAGAAGUUGGAGACCAGGUUUGGAUUCUGCCUGGUGGCAAAAUGCCGUUUGUAUUGAGACCAAGUGAAGGGCAGUCAUUGUCAAACAAUGAACUUCUUUUUAUUGGAUCUUCUUAUAUAGACGGAAUAAUGGAAGGUGAAGCAAUGGAAUUCGUUAAUCCUGCUACUGAUAUUGUCUUGAGGUAGGAAUGGGGAUGGCGGCUAGCCUGUACUCCCGCGUUGUCUGCCGAGAAAGGUAAAUGAGAAGGAGGAGAGGUAGUCAUGGUCCUACUCGUGGUAUAUAACGAAUUUGCUUAUACGUAACAUAAUAUUUGAAUCAUUCUAUAGCGGCGGUUUCGACGUCUGAUAUAAGUCAUUGGAACGAGCAAAUGGCAGCACACAUUUUAUUAAAAUGAAUCCUCAAA